AUGAAAGGGCUCAGACAAGGAGACCUUAUUCUUCCUUUAAUAUUUGUGGUUCUUAUGGAGUAUUUCACAAGGACUCUAAAGAAGAUGAGUAGGAAAGAGGGUUUUAAUUUCCAUCAUAGAUGUGCUUCCUUAGGGUUGACUCAUCUAAUUAUUGGAGAUGACCUAAUGCUCUUCUGUAAUGGAGACAUUAGUUCCGUCAUCUUGAUGGUGAGAGUUGUGAAGGAUUUCUCUUUAGCUUCUGGGCUUUAUGCGAAUAAUGACAAAACUGCUUUAUACUUUGGCAAUGUUCAAGAGGAGAUACGACUCAUCAGAAGUCUUCAGGCUACUGGGUUUACGAAGGGUGCUUUUCCUUUUAGGUACCUUGGUGAUCCCAUUACAACUAGGAAAUUGAAAGUGGCUGACUGUGACCUAUUGGUGGAUAAUAAGAUUCUUUUAAGAGUUAUUUGUUGCUCAUAUAAAAACCUCUCUUAUGCAGCAAGACAUAUGUUAGUUAAUGCAGUUCUCCUUAGCCUUCAGACCUACUAG